CACCACCCACAGUCGCUUCUUCACUCUUGCUUUUAGCUUCUCGCAUUAUCACCACGCUCGCUCUUUAGCGUAUUCAUUCGUUUUAAUACAACCCCCCCGUAACUCUAAUAUUUCCCCUCCGUUUUUAAGUUUUUUCAUAAAAACCAUAUAAAACUUGUCAAAAUGCGUUUCGCUACUAUCGCUGCCGUUUUCUCCGUCGUUGCUGGUGCCUCUGCCGGUGUUGUCCAAAAUGGUACUGAAUAAACUACCACUGAGGUUUCACCAAAAUUAUUGCGUCUACUGCCCGUUGCCCACUACCAUUGUGGAGAAUAACAAGACCUACACUGUCACCAAGGCCACCACUUUGACCAUCACCAACUGCCCUUGCACCCGCACCAAGGUCUACACCACCAUCCUCCCGACCACCAUCUGCCCCGGAAAGUGCAGCUCUGUCCCUGUCGGAACCGGACCUACUCACUAUGCUCCCACUGCCAGCUAUACCCCCCCUGUCUAUCCUAAUGGCACCAUCCCAACCUCUAAGCCUUCCGCACCUGGCAACUCCACAAAGCCAGCACCAACCAGCGCACCGACCGCUCCGCCAUUCACCGGCUCCGCCAACAAGGCUACUGUUGCCGGCGCCGCUUUGGCUGGUCUCAUUGGAGCUGUCGCUUAUAUCUUGUAAAUGCAAUAACAUUUACGCUAGCAAUGUUCACGCGGUUUUAACGAACGGCAUGACAAUUGCUUGCGGAUUUGGAAAAUGGUGGGGGAAAGCAUUUACACGAACCGACGGCAUUUAAUGGGUGUUUUAUCUGGGUUUAUCUUCAUUUUUUCCUGGUCUCUUAUACUUGGGGAAUUCGCAAUGAGCAUGUAGACUUUCUUCCGGAGGUUUUUUAUUUUUAGUUGAUGUGGUGUGUGUAUAAUGGCAAGGGUCCUAUUCCAAAUCUUAAUCGAAGUCGGCUCGACAAUUUUCUCCGUC